AUUUCACACAAACAGUUAAGAGCAAAACGUGUGUGCAUCGUUUGGCGUCAUCUUUGUGGAAAUUGCUGCAAUAAAGUGCUUUCAUUUUCACCAUGGAUGCCGAUCUGUAUGAUGAGUUCGGCAACUACAUCGGCCCGGAACUUGAGAGUGACUCUGAUGAUGAAGAGUCGGAGGAAGAACGACCAGAACCUCAGUUAGAUGGGGACGACGACGAUGAUGAAGAGCCAAUGGAAUCGGGCGAUAUCUCACAGGCUGUCGUUCUCCAUGAAGAUAAGAAAUAUUACCCGACGGCCGAGGAGGUUUACGGUCCUGAUGUGGAGACAAUUGUACAUGAAGAAGACACACAACCUCUCACAGAUCCUAUAAUCGCACCGGUGAAACAGAAGAAGUUUACAAUGACAGAACAAGAAUUACCUGUGACAACCUACGACAUGGAAUUCCUGGCAGACAUGAUGGACAACGCAGAGCUCAUUAGAAACGUCACAUUAGCUGGUCAUCUCCAUAAUGGCAAGACGUCAUUUGUUGAUUGCUUAAUGGAGCAAACUCAUCCAGAAUUACAAGCCAAAGAAGAUGGAGGGAUCAGAUACACAGAUACACUCUUCACAGAACAAGAGAGGGGUGUAAGCAUCAAGGCCCAGCCUGUUACGUUAGUAAUGCCGGACAGUAAAGGCAAACACUACCUCAUGAACAUCAUGGACACACCCGGUCAUGUAAAUUUCUCUGAUGAGGUCACAGCAUCAUUCCGUCUCAGCGACGGUGUAGUGAUCUUCGUGGAUGCUGCGGAGGGCGUCAUGCUGAACACGGAGCGUCUCAUCAAACACGCCAUACAGGAACAGCUCGCUGUCACGAUCUGCAUCAAUAAGGUUGAUAGACUGGUGCUGGAGUUGAAACUCCCACCUGCGGACGCCUAUUACAAAUUGAGAAAUAUUAUCACGGAGAUUAAUGGGAUUUUGAGUGUGUUCUCUGAUGAGGCAGAACCCUUGAUGGUGUCACCGUUGCUAGGCAACGUCUGUUUUGCCAGCUCACAGUACAGUGUGUGCUUCACGUUGCAAUCAUUCGCUAAGAUCUACGCAGAUACCUACGGAGGGAUUGAGUAUCAAGAGUUUGCCAAGAGGUUAUGGGGAGACAUCUACUUCAACCCAAAGACACGGAAGUUUACCAAGAAGUCUCCAGUCAGUACUGCACAGCGUAGUUUUGUGGAGUUCAUACUUGAACCGAUGUACAAACUUUUUGCACAGGUUGUAGGAGAUGUAGAUUCAACAUUACCAGGUGUUCUGGAUGAGCUGGGAAUCCAUCUCACUAAGGAAGAGAUGAAGAUGAACAUUAGACCGCUCCUCAAACUCGUCUGCAGUAAAUUCUUUGGCGAUUUUACAGGGUUGGUUGAUAUGUGCGUUAAGCACAUCCCGUCUCCAGUUGCAAUCGCAAAGAAGAAGAUUGAGCAUCUUUACACCGGACCCAUGGACUCGGACUUGGCUGACACCAUGGUGGAAUGCGAUCCUGAGGGUCCACUGAUGCUCCACACAACUAAGAUGUACAGCACAGAGGAUGGAGUAAGCUUCCAUGCUUUUGGGCGGGUAAUGAGCGGAACAAUCAACGCUAACCAGGAAGUGAGAAUCCUUGGUGAGAAUUACACCAUUGAGGACGAGGAAGACUCAAGGAUAAGUCUCGUCGGAAGACUGUGGAUCUCAGAAGCAAGAUAUAAGAUUGAAGUAAACAGAGUACCAGCAGGAAACUGGGUUUUAAUUGAAGGCGUUGAUGAACCCAUCGUCAAGACGGCAACAAUCACAGAGAGCAGAGGUUUAGACGAGGUUUAUAUCUUCCGACCUCUGAAGUUCAACACCAGCUCAGUAAUCAAGAUUGCCGUAGAGCCGGUCAACCCCUCGGAGCUUCCUAAGAUGUUGGACGGACUGAGAAAGGUUAACAAGAGUUACCCUCUCAUCACUACAAAGGUAGAAGAGUCUGGUGAGCAUGUGGUUCUCGGAACGGGCGAGUUGUACCUAGACUGUGUCAUGCAUGACCUCAGGAAAAUGUACUCAGAAAUAGAUAUCAAAGUUGCUGAUCCAGUCGUUGCUUUCUGCGAGACGGUGGUCGAGACAUCAUCUCUGAAAUGUUUUGCUGAGACACCAAACAAAAAGAACAAACUGACAAUGAUCGCUGAGCCUCUUGAGAAGGGCCUAGCUGAAGACAUCGAAAAUGAAGUGGUACAAAUCAACUGGAACAGGAAACGUUUGGGAGAGUUUUUCCAGACCAAGUAUGACUGGGAUUUAUUGGCUGCUCGUUCUAUUUGGGCGUUUGGUCCUGAUGCAACCGGCCCCAAUAUUCUGGUAGAUGAUACGCUCCCAUCUGAGGUUGACAAGGCAUUACUGAACUCAGUCAAGGACAGCAUUGUGCAAGGAUUCCAGUGGGGAUCAAGAGAGGGCCCACUGUGUGAUGAACCAAUUCGUAACGUGAAGUUUAAGAUUCUGGAUGCUGUGAUUGCCGGGGAGCCGAUCCAUCGUGGUGGAGGUCAAAUCAUUCCUACAGCAAGACGAGUCGCAUACUCUGCAUUCCUCAUGGCCACUCCUCGCCUAAUGGAGCCCUAUUGUUUUGUUGAAGUUCAAGCACCGGCUGAUUGUGUAUCUGCAGUUUACACAGUACUGGCAAGGAGAAGAGGUCACGUUACCCAGGAUGCACCUGUUCCAGGGUCACCGUUGUAUACAAUCAAGGCCUUCAUUCCAGCGAUCGACUCGUUUGGAUUCGAGACGGAUCUGAGAACUCACACUCAGGGGCAGGCGUUCUGUCUCUCCGUCUUCCAUCACUGGCAGAUCGUACCUGGUGAUCCCCUAGAUAAGAGUAUUAUCAUUCGACCUCUAGAACCACAACCUGCCAUGCACCUUGCUAGAGAAUUCAUGAUUAAGACACGACGAAGGAAGGGAUUGAGUGAGGACGUCAGCAUCAACAAGUUCUUUGACGAUCCUAUGUUGUUGGAGUUGGCUCGACAGGAUGUGAUGUUAAACUAUCCCAUGUAGAGAGUUUGAAGAUUGAUCAAAUCGCUGCCUGGAUCAGGCUGUAUCUGAAUUUGUGGCUACAGCUCUGGCUACGGCUGUUGUUAAGGGUGUUGCUAAGGACGCCCUAUACGCAUGAUGACACAUCUAGCUGUAGCUGUAUCCGCCAUUUUGCAAACAACUUUCGACUCUAGGUGUCCAGACUUGAUGUUGAACUUACCCCAUCUCGAGAGUUCGGAAUUUGAUCAAGAGGCUGCCUGCCUAGAUAAAGCUAUAUCUUAUUUUACGGCUACGACUACGACUGUUGCUAAGGGUGUUCUUUACUUCAAUGCAUGAGGACGCUGAAAUCUAGCCAUACCUGUGACCGCCCUUUUGGACACGGCCUAAGCCUAGACUAGCCCAUAAGACUUGAUGUUAUUGAACUAAGAUGCGUCAAUUUAAAGGAUCCUUUCUAAAUAGGAGACUUUCCAACGCUAGGUGGCAGCAGACAUACCGGGUAAAUUUCCAUUGUUUACGUAGUUCUAAACAU